GGCACUUCCUCUAGCAAAAGUACUGUAUUUUUCUCCCAAUUGUUUUCUUCUCUGUUCAGAUCACUUUUCAGCAAAAAUUCUUUCUUGCCACCUACUCCCUCUAAUUUUUUUUUUUGCUUAAAACUGAGCCCUUCCAGUUUCUCUCCCCUCUCAUAAUCAUUUGUCCAAUCUUCCUCUCCCCAACUUUCCAACAAACGUCCCUUUUUUCAUCCCCAAUUCCACCCCAUUAGGCUUCUCCCAGGAAAAUCCUCUAGAUUCCUUCCCAGAGGAAAAACAAGGAACGAAAGAGAAAUAAUUCCCUCUUAUCCUCAGAACCUUUUCCCCACACGUAUCUUCCCAGUUUAGUAUUGCUUUCCUCCUUUUUCCAAAAACUCCCUCCUUCCCCAGUUUCAUACCUGUGUCUUGUUUUCGACCCAGGUUCUCACUGCCCCUCCCUUUCCACCACCUGCUUUCAGGGCAAAAGGAAUUGGAUGAGUGUCCUGCAAUUCCCACCAGCCUUCCAGGAGGAAAUAGCCAAGGUCUGACUGUCACCUGAACCCACUCCCUCAGGCCUAAACUGCGCCCUCCUGUCCCAGAGAUUCACUCCCUUGCUCUUGCGGAAUUAACUGCAUCAAGGGCUCUAUCUCUCUGACUUCUUCCACGGCCUUGCCUGUCUGAGAGUGGCCAAGACCAGGUAGUGGAGAGCCAUGGACCAGUAUGGCCUCGGGGACAAGGGUGCCCUUCCAUCAGAACCGCACCUUCCUUUGUUCUCAGAGAGCCAAGGGCUCACUUGCAGUGACUCCCUCAAUCGGAAUCUGGGCCCCAGCACCCGUGACCUGCUCAGCCUGGGUGGCCUGGAGCUGGACCCCAAGCUCUCGGCUCCUGAUGUGCCCAGUGAGGUGCUGGAGGACAAUUUAGACACCUUGUCCCUGUCCUCUGGGCGGGACAACGACUUCGGGAAGCUGCUGGAGGAAUAUACGGAUCUGGAGUCUCAGACUUCGGUGCAAGACCAGGGCCCAGGUGCAGUCAGGGUUUCCAGAGAGGCUGAGGAAGGAGGCAGGGCCACCUUGGGCAGCGCGAGGAAAGGGAAGCGGCAGCACAGCUCACCCCAGAGCGCUCUCCUGGACUGCAGCCUGUGCGGGAAGGUGUUCAGCAGCGCCAGCUCGCUCAGCAAGCACUACCUGACGCACAGCCAGGAGAGGAAGCACAUCUGCAAGAUCUGCAGCAAGGCCUUCAAGCGGCAGGAUCACCUGACCGGGCACAUGCUCACCCACCAGAAGACCAAGCCCUUCGUGUGCAUCGAGCAAGGCUGCAGCAAGAGCUACUGCGACUACCGCUCUCUGCGCCGGCACUACGAGGUGCAGCACGGCCUGUGCAUCCUGAAGGAGGCUCCCCCGGAAGAGGACACCUGCGGGGACUCCCCCCACACCCCCGACACAGCUAGCCAGCCUUUGCCCAGCAGCCUGCGGUCCCUGGGGCCCCCAGAAGCCAGGUCCCCUGGCUCUGUCUUACCCAACCGAGACCUCCUGCGCUGUAUCGUGAGCACCCUCGUCCACCAGAAGAUCCCUUCUCCAGGCCCUGCCACAGUUGGGGCACCGGAUGGAGAAGGGAGGAACACAUCUUGUCCCUGCACCACCUCGCCAGGGCCCUCCUCCUGUAUCCCAGGAAUUCUGGGCACUGAGGUUCCCGAAGAGCCUCAUCCCCCACAGAAGGAGCUGGCAGCUGAUGUGUCCCCAGCCGAGAAUGGCGACCCUGACCCUCCUGAGUCAGAGCCUCUACUUCUCCAGCUCCCGUCCUCCCUGGAGGACUGGCCCAAGGGUGGCACUUUGGCCACCUCCCUGGCUCCCUUCCGGGGUCAGAAGGUCCCUACCAGUUCGCAGCCAUCCAGCCACAGUUUGCAGUGGUUCCGGAACCUGCCCAGCUGCCCCAAGAGCAAAGGCAACAAUGUGCUCACAGUCCACAAGGCCCCUGGGGAGGGCUCUGAGUCUGGCCCAGGGCCCAGCGGCACCUCGGCUCCAGCAGAGCCCUCGCCCAGCACAGGCGACAGUCAGGAUGCACCGCCCCUCCUGCCCACACUCCUGAAGGUGCCCAGUGAGGCCUCAGGCGACCCUGGGCCGGAUACUGGGGACAAGGACAGCUGGGCUUCCAAGAAGAGUGAGUCCUUUCCAUCAGAUGCCAUGCCGCUGUUCCGCCAGCUGUUCCUGAAGUCGCAGGAGUCCCUGGUGAGCCGCGAGCAGAUGCAGGUGUUCCAGAUGGUCACCAAGUCCCAACGGAUCUUCUCCCACACCCAGGUCACAGCCCCUGCCUCCCAGCCCUCUGGGCCCGAGGGCAAGCAGACUGUCCUGAAGUCCCUGCAGGGGCCCUGGCCACAGCAGUCCCGGCCCCAGGCCCCCGCUGUGGACUCUCUGCAGGGCCCCAGAAACAUGGAGCCAGAGGGGUCCCCAGCCCACAGAAGGAAACCGGCGCCCACGGUACCCAGAGAGGCCUCCCCCAAUGGCACACGGCGAGACACGAAGGGAGCACCAAAAGUGGCCUCUGCGCCACCCUCCCUCACCACGCCACCUCUGGACCCCUCCCGGAAUCCAGACAUCUCUUCUCUGGCCAAGCAGCUCCAAUCUUCCAAAGGGACCUUGGACCUCGGGAACAUCUUCUCCCCUGAGGACCCAAGGCAGGCCCAGGCAGAUGGCGAUGAGCUGCCCAGCACCCAGCUCUCCGAGAAUGGCCCGGCUUGCACCCGGGGCGGAGGCUGCAGGCUCUUCUCAGGCCACCCCAGAGCCCAGCGGUUCUCGGGCUUCCGGAAGGAGAAAGUGAGGAUGGACGUUUGCUGCGCAGCUUCUCCAAGCCAGGUGGCCAUGGCCUCCUUCUCGUCGACUGGGCCUCCUGCAGACCCUGCCCGGGACGUGAAGUCCAAGCUGACCAUAUUCAACAGAAUCCAGGGUGGAAACAUCUAUAGGCUGCCCCACCCCAUUAAAGAAGAGAGCAUGGCAGGUAGAUGUAACCAGCCAAACGGGAGUCCCACGGACUGCACAGAGCCCAGGAGCACGUUUGUCUGCAAGAACUGCAGCCAGAUGUUUUACACGGAAAAAGGACUGAGCAGCCACAUGUGUUUCCACAGUGACCAGUGGCCGUCACCUCAGGGGAAUCAGGAGCAGCAGGUGUUUGCCACAGAGUCUUGCAAGCCACCAAGACAGGCCCUGAGGCCAGACAGGGACGGGCAGAGCCCCUCAGAAGCCAAGAAGCCCUUGGAGCACACAGCCACAGCCCCUCUGGGGAUCCCCGUGCCUGUGGCUCUGGCUCCUUGCCCCCCAGGGAGUGUGGCCAAGGGACAAGAGAAGGACGGGGAAGAGAGGGACGACGAGGACAGCAGUAAGCACAGGAAGCGGAAGAAGCACCUCCAGCCCCAGGCAUUGUUCGUCCCUCCUCCACCCUGUGCGUUUGGGGACCCUGGCCCUGGAGGGGGCCACCAGGGCUGCCUGCGCUCUCCCGUGUUCCUGGUGGACCACCUCCUGAAGGGCUUGUUCCGGUGCUCGCCCUACACGCCGCCUCCCAUGCUCAGCCCUAUCCGGGAGGGCUCCGGGCUCCACUUCAGCAUGCUCUGCUCCAAGUCCCAGGCCGGGCCGCACCAGCUCAUCAGCUCGGCGCUGGAUCAAGUGGAUGGCUCCUUUAGCAUCUGUGUGGUGAAGGAUGAUUCUAAGAUCAGCAUUGAACCACACAUCAACAUAGGAAGCCGCUUUCAGGCUGAAAUCCCAGAGCUGCAGGAAAGGUCGCUGGCCAGGCCUGAUGAGCACAGGGCCUCUCUGGUCUGGAAGCCGUGGGGAGAUGUGAUGACCAACCCGGAGACACAGGACAGAGUGACUGAGCUCUGCAACGUGGCGUGUUCCAGUGUGAUGCCAGGAGGGGGCACCAACCUGGAGCUUGCCCUGCACUGCCUGCACGAGGCCCAGGGUAGUAUUCAGGUGGCCUUGGAGAUGCUCUUACUCCGAGGAGCCCAGAAGCCGAGGACCCACCCGCUGGCCAACUACCGCUACACAGGUUCAGACAUCUGGACCCCCAUGGAGAAGAGGCUCUUUAAGAAGGCGUUCUGUGCCCACAAGAAGGACUUCUACCUGAUCCACAAGAUGAUCCAGACAAAGACAGUGGCACAAUGUGUCGAGUAUUAUUACAUCUGGAAAAAAAUGAUCAAGUUUGACUGUGGCCGAGCCUCAGGGCUAGAAAAGAGGGUCAAGAGAGAGCUAGAUGAAGUGGAGAGGACAGAAGAAAAGGUCACCUGCAGCCCUCAGGAGAGGCCCGGCCACAGCCCAACUCCCGAGUUAAAGAUAAAGACCAAGAGUUACAGGAGGGAGUCCAUCCUCAACGCCAGCCCAAGUGCAGCCCCCAAGCGGACCCCUGAGCCUCCAGGGAGUGUGGAGAGCCAGGGCGUUUUUCCAUGCAGAGAGUGUGAGAGGGUGUUCGACAAGAUCAAGAGCCGGAAUGCCCACAUGAAGCGACACCGCCUUCAGGAGCAUUCGGAGCCUGUCCUCAGGGUGAAGUGGCCAGUGAAGCCCUUCCCACUGAAGGAGGAAGAGGCAGAGGAGGAGGAGGAGCUGGGCACUGACAUCAGCCCCCUGCAGUGGUGACUCUGCAGGCGCUGUCUGCUCUGGAAGGGCCCGCAGACUUGCCCUGCCUCCUUCACCACCCCACCCCUCCUGUCGGCGGCCGGCCAGCUUCCCUGGUGAACCUGUGGUCACUUAGCCACAAACAGGCCGAGAAGUCACCCUUGGACAGCUGCUGAGUAGUCCCUGGCCAGUGGGGCCAGUUGUUCCCUUCUGCUGAGGUUAAGAGUCUCUCCCCACUUCCUGUCCCACACUGCCUAGAGCAGGGAGGCCUGGGGAGAUGAAAGGCGGGAGCUACGUAGCUCUUAAGUCUGAGCCUCCGGUGGAGUGGGCUCCUUACCUUGGUUAGCGAAGGCCAGGAUGCAGAAGAUCAGUGGGAAGAUGUCCUGAGAUCGCCAGCGUGCUGGGGCCCUGGCUCCAGGCAGGGCUCUCUGCUUUCUGGACCCAUCCCCAGUCUUUCAAGGACUGUACAUUGUUAGGUCUGUUUUUGUACAUAUCUGUGUGAAAACCUUAUUAAAUUGGGUUCUUAGGCAGCUUCCUUUUCGCUUCCCAGCCUGUGGAUCCCACAGAGGUUCUGCGCUGCAGCCACCUGCCCGGAGGGUGAACCCGUGAAUCCACUGGCAUUCGUCCUGAACGCCUUUCACUCAGUGCCUGCUGUGUGUGCCAGACGGUUCCCACCACGCAGCAGGGACACGGUGAAGCAAGAGGGGCACAGCCCUUUCCUCACAGAACUCCGUUUGCGGGGGGGGGGUGCCAGGGGAUCAAACUCAGGACCUUGCAUUUGUAAGGCAGGUGGCAGCAUCACUGAGCUAAAUCCCUGGCCCUGGAGCUCCAUUUUUAGGAGCAGGAAGGCAGUAGUAAUAAGCAGACAAAGUGAUUUUACAUUGUGAUAGGGUGAGCUUUUGGCCAGCAUGAUGGAAGAGUCAGGGUGGGUUUGAGAAUCGGGGCUCAGCCCUGAAGUGAAGGACCCCUGUGGCAGGUGACAGGGUACCCAGGCUGCCACAGAGGUAAGAACGGCCACCUCCACAUGUCCCAGCCUGCAGAGGGGCAGAAAGAGCAUGGCCUCUUCUCCUGUGCCCCUUUUGAAGAGUCAGGGAGACCCGAGCAGCCCCCAGCAGGCUGUCCCUGGGGUCUCACUGGCCAGGAUGGCAGCCUGAGCUCAGCUCUACGCUGUCCCAGCAGUGGGAAGAUCACUCGUCCUGGUGCCUCACAAUCUAUUUUCAGGACCAGGGAAAACCACUGUAUCCCCUCAAGUUUGUUGCCACCUGAGCAAAGCUGGAAUCCCUUUAGCCAGGAAAAGAAAGCAGUGGCCCCUAGGUAGGGCAGAGCAGAGCUCUGUGUUGGCUUCAAGCAAAAUGAAGAAAAUAGAAAGGGCUGAGUCCUAGAAGUGACCAGGAGGUGACAGAGCUUACGUGGACAGCCAGCGGAGGGUGGGAUCUGACCUGGCAAAGCCCAGGCUGCUGUAGGACACCAGCAGGGGUGUUAGGCAGGGCAAUGACCUCCAAGGUGCCCGUUCACACAGCUCCCUGGCUGCAGUGCAGAGUCUGCAGGGGAUGAAACCGGAAGCACAGAGAGUAGCCAGAAAGCCCCAUGGUGGGAUGACAGUGGCCGGGGCAGGAGUAGCAGCAGAGGUCUAUUAGUUACCUGUCGCUUCCUAACAAAUUACUUAGCAGUUCAAAAGAAAGGGAAGCCAACACUGGCUGCUGGCGCCUCUAGCAUCAGGCAGCCGAGUAAGGCUGCCCUCCCAGGAAUGAACCUAAGUGGCCUGUGGGACAGGAACAAGGCCUCUGCUUCAGGUUAUAAUCCAGUACGACUUUAUGUUGUUGCUAAAAUUGUUCCAGCCUUGGCCACUGGAAGCUCUGUUGGCUACACUGUCCCAUUAACAUGUCCACAUCAUUUUGUGUGUGUUGUUUGUGAAGCUGCCCCACCCCACUGCAAGAUGCUCCAGGCUCUUACAUCAUUUCCUGCACAGACUUACAACCAGCCACUUCUCCUACCAACCCUGGUUCCUUUUACUGAAUA